AUGAUCCGGUUCAUGAUCGAUCUACAAAAUGGAGUCAAGUUGCCGGAAAAGGAGCUGCCAGCGCCCACCGUGAGUAAUCAUCCUCUGACAAUUCGUAUCUGCCUUAUGUACCCUAUGCACACCCGGGCUCUGCUUUGCUAUCCUGUUGUUUACUAUACUUCUCUUUCUUCACGCUUUCAUCCUCCCGAGACACUCUACAAAUAUGAAAAAUUUCUGACCUUCCUAGGCUUGAGCACCGUGGCUGAGAGCUCACCUUCCAAAGCUCGCCGAAAAUCAAAUUUCGCGAAUGGCACUUCAGUAGUACCUGAGUCCCCCGAGGGUAAUAUCUCGGGCACAACAUUCUUGCCUCAGGAGGAUUCCGAUCCGGAAGAUGCUGACCUUGAGCCCAUUAUCAUGAUUGAUGAGCUCCCGGGAUUGCAAGAAGCCUCCGAUCGCUUCUUAAAUCUGCUCAAAACGAACGCCCCUGAUGCCAGACAGGUUGUUGAUGCGGCUAAAAGGCUCGCCAAUCCACGAAACACUGAAAACAAGCGCCUUAAACCAGCAAUCCGCAAAUUACUCUCCCAGAUGAAACCCUUUGGAUCCGAGCCUUUCAUCAAUGUCGCCGAGGCCCAGGGCCUCAUUCCAACCGUGCAGCCCAAGGGUGCGGCUCGACCAUGGAGUCCAUCUCCUGCCCUACACAGGGCCAAUUGUGCUCGUCUUGCACUGGACGUACUCUUGGUAAGCAUGGGGUCAAAUUCUCUCGGUGAAACGAUUGAAACUCUCGAGAGCCAGUUCCCCGCGCCCUUCCUGAGCCAAAUAGUCAACGGCAAGGAGCAUGUUCCGAUUGGAGGUAGUACUGCCGCAGGGCCAACCUUUGAAAUGGCUCUUGAAAUUCGAACGCAAUAUGCGCUCGUGGAACUAGAAAGGCAUGAAAAGGAGAAGCGCUUUGACGCCCGUUCUCUUCUAGAUAACGUGUUCUACGGCAAUGGGCACACCUCGGAUACCGGCUCUCUGCGCGGUUUCAAUCUCCCGGGGAUUUUCGCGGACGAGAAUGGUUGUCUUCCAGAUCGAUUUCAGGAUAGAGUCAGCGAUCGCUAUAGUGAACUUGACUAUUCUCUGCAUGAUGAUGAUGGAAAUCCUAACAUCAAAGGCCUGAAAGCCACUUUCUGGAGCAGAUUCCUUGUCUGUACCGCUCGCUUUGUACAAAGUCGCGACAAAGAACUCCGACGAGACUUGGAGUUCCAGCCAAAACUUGAAGAUGUCAAGGACUACGUCGAGAAGAUGAUUGAGGGUGGGGGCGGAUCUGAUGACCAGGACGAGUCGGGGAAGGAACAGACGCCCAGCCCAAGCGCAGAGGAUCGCUCCUCCUCGAGGAUGGAAAGUCAUCACGAUGAAGAUGGACAUUCUGACGACGGAAUUUUCGUUCCUCUCUCUCCUCCCACUCCACCCCAGCAGCCAUCCCAGCCGUCGAUUGAACAGAGUUCACCAGGCAGCCAAGCCAGGCAACCGACACCCAAAAGCACACACAGACGACAAUCGUCUAAGCACAACGACCUCGCUCGGCAUCUCGAUUAUCUCCAGAAGCGCCGGGAAGCGCGCCAGCAACAAGAGACGACCAGAGCACCGGAAAGGGAUACAGCUGCUGUUUCCUCAGACAUGCGCGUGGCAGAAGCUAGUCCCCAACAACCAAGCUCGGGCGAUGCAUCAUUUCCUUCUCCCGGAGAGCUUAUUCGAGACCCCGAAGGUGUCACCGUGCCUCGAGAGAUUGCCCAAACACCGGAUGAAGAUUUGCAAUACCCAACCCAUGAUAACGAUGACACCCUGCUUAACGAUGGCGAGGAACUGGACCUGAGCAAUUACAGGCGGAACGAACUCAUGCAGUCCACCAGUCCUCCUGGGUCUGAACGAGCUCGUCAAAAUUACAACCGGGGCCGCUUCUUCGAUUCCCCACCGCGGAACCAAUUCACUGCAAUCAAUGAGCGGCGUACACUUCUCGACCAGCAAGAGCACCGUACCCGAAUCAACUUUUCCUCCGAAGAUGAGAGCCAGCUUACAGAAAGACGUAUGAACCAAACAAGCCGGGCACGACAAGACACAUCAAAGAGAACACACGAUGAGAUAGAGAAUGGCUCCGAAAAUGAUGAUUCUGAUGAUGCGUUCGACCCACCGGAGUCCAAUGUGGACGUCGUUUCCAACGGAGCCCGAAAACUUCUCCAAACAGCCAACAAGAGGCAGCGUACAAACACCACGGAUGAAGAUUCUAGCGCGGCGGGUCAGCUCCACGAUGACCUGAGGGCGACUCGUGAUACCCGCCAGACCCAGAAUCAGAGACAAACGGCGGUUCAGCCAGCAUCCACUCAAGUCCAAUCACCCGAAGCCCAGUCGUCCCACGUUGCCCGUGCUCGGAGCGAAGCCGUGAACACGUCACCAAGCCAGUCUCGCUGGAGCCAAGUAAAUGAUCCCGUGUUGUCCGCUCCAGCACCGAAUAUGAGAAGAAGGUGGACCGCAGAUGAAAACGAACGUCUCAUUUCACUCAUCGGUCGAUAUGGCAACUCCUGGGCGAAAAUUAAGGCGCAAGAUGACAUUUGUCCGAGGGCGGAAGGGGGACCGAAAUUGCAGGGUCGGACCCAGGUUAAUCUGAAGGAUAGGGCGAGAAAUCUCAAGAGGACGUAUCAGAGAGAAGGUACAGCGUUGCCGAAGAACUUCGAGUACAUCAAAUCCUAA